AACUGGGAAAUACACAACAGCAGAACCACAACACCCUCCCUGGACACACCCUACUGGGGAUCACUGCUUCUCUUUUUUCCAAGACCAUCGCCCACGCCACACGGAGAGAAAUCUCUCUCUCAUCAUCAUCCUGAAAGAAAACCCCUUCUCCUCAUUUUCACACUGCUGAGGAAACCUACAAACGCACGGGCUGAGAUUUCCUGACGAAGAUUGUCUUUUUUCCUUUUCUUUUUUUCUUUUCAUUUGGAAACUGACGUUUCUCCAUCCACACCACCGUGAAAUAACUGCAAGCCGACCUGAAGACCUGCACAUUGAAGGACCUAGAUCACUAUCAUCUUUGUGCAUCAAGAAUGGUUACUAUAAUUAGCACCAUGGAAACUCAGGUGUCCAAUGGUCCAAGCGGAACCAGCCUGCCCAACGGCCCCGUCAUUAGCACUAAUGGCGCUACAGAUGACAGCAAAACCAACCUGAUCGUCAACUACCUGCCUCAGAACAUGACCCAGGAAGAGUUCAAGAGCUUGUUUGGCAGCAUUGGAGAGAUUGAGUCCUGCAAAUUAGUCAGAGACAAGAUCACAGGUCAGAGUUUGGGCUAUGGCUUUGUAAACUACGUGGAUCCCAAUGAUGCCGACAAGGCCAUCAACACACUCAAUGGUCUUAAACUGCAGACCAAAACAAUCAAGGUGUCUUAUGCCAGACCCAGCUCAGCUUCCAUUCGCGAUGCCAACCUGUACGUGAGUGGGCUGCCCAAAACUAUGAGUCAGAAAGACAUGGAGCAGUUGUUUUCUCAGUAUGGACGGAUCAUCACCUCACGCAUCCUGGUUGACCAGGUCACAGCAGGUAUAUCGCGUGGAGUUGGUUUCAUCCGGUUCGAUAAAAGAAACGAGGCUGAGGAAGCUAUCAAAGGCCUCAAUGGUCAAAAGCCUCUUGGAGCUGCCGAACCCAUCACAGUCAAGUUCGCCAACAACCCCAGUCAGAAGACGGGACAAGCCCUGCUCACCCAGCUCUAUCAGACAGCCGCCCGCCGCUACACUGGCCCUCUGCACCACCAGACACAGCGCUUCAGACUCGACAAUUUACUAAACGCCAGCUACGGAGUCAAGAGCUCUCCUCCUUUCUUACCCAGAUUCUCCCCAAUAACCAUUGACAGCAUGACCAGUCUAGCCGGAGUCAACCUGACCGGUCCUACCGGAGCCGGCUGGUGCAUCUUCGUCUACAACUUGUCCCCAGAAGCUGACGAAAGUGUCCUGUGGCAGCUCUUCGGGCCAUUUGGCGCCGUCACAAAUGUCAAAGUCAUCCGUGACUUCACCACCAACAAAUGUAAGGGCUUUGGCUUUGUCACCAUGACCAACUACGACGAGGCAGCCAUGGCUAUCGCCAGCCUGAACGGCUAUCGCCUAGGUGACCGCGUGCUGCAGGUCUCCUUCAAGACCAGCAAACAGCACAAGGCUUGAAGGGAGGCCUAGUCACUAUUGCUCUUUAACAUACAGUGGUAGCCACUGAGCUCCCUGUACAUUCACUCUACAUGGGCCUGGACUGAGUCUCUCUUGAACAUACACAUAUACACAUAAACACACACAUUUCGUUUUCGGACAAAAACACAAAAAAUAGAGUUUAUUUUAUUUUCUCUUUACACAACAUACUAGUCCUUCCCAACGUUUGCCUGUAUUGAUUUAGCAGAAGUGUGAGGCGGGGCUGGGGAUGACAUGGAGGACAGUCUAAUGAAUGUGACAGAGAAUGUCUGCUGAGAGCUUUGAUUUAAUUCAGGCAAAGAAAGAGAACUGGUCAAUGAAAUACUGAAAAAAGAAGAAUCAAAUAUGUGCAAUUUACCCAAAAUCUGGCCCCAGUAACUCUCCUGUCUGGCUUCAGAGGAUGUAGUCACUUUUUUACACUUGGGCAUUUUGAAUCAGUGAUUUUUUUAGAGAAAAAAUUAUUAAAUAACAGUGUUCUCUUAUAUAUAUAUACACACACACACAUAUAUAUUAUGAUAUAACUAUAUAUUCAACAUUUAAGGUGGUUAUAAUAGCCAAACAUGUAAGCAUUUUCUAGAACUUUUAGUACGGUUUCCUCACUCUACAUUAGGCACCACACACCUUACCUGAGCUCUAACCAGACAGCCACUGAACAAACUGUGUUGGAUUGUAGUCACAAAUCGAGAGGUCACCCGGGGGUCAUAUCAAUCACUUCAGCACACCAAAAGACAACAUUCAUCUCACUCACACACACACACACACACACACACACACACACACACACACACACACACACACACACACACACACACACACACACACACACACACACACACACACACACACACCUAGUUAAAAUCUAGAAUUGAUUCCACCAUUGUCUGUGUAACUAGGAGCAUUUCAAACAGUGAUGGCAUUUGGAAUUCUUUUGAAAAUCUUGCCAACCAAUAAUGGAGGCCAACAGCAGAAUCCAGAACCGUGCUAGAACAUUUAAACAUGUUGAUAUGUACAAAUAGCCCUGGAGUAGGUAGGGCUUUGUGUCCAAGCUCCUUGUUAACCUCUCAAGUGGACUUUGAGCUGUCCAUAAGAAGUAUGUUGAAUGGGAAAAGUUGUAAUGGAGGUCAGGGGUCACCUUUGGCCUUCAUAACCUUUCUCAAAUGCAUUUAGCGCUAUUCAUUUAAGCGGAAUUGCGUACAUAAUGACCUCUUAAAUUACUCUGACAUGCUUCGAUUUCAGCCCCUACAUAUUCAAAAGUAAUCGCAUAUCAAACAUAAAACAUCACAUUUUGUACAUCUAUUGCCCUUAUCAGCAAGUCACAGCCACAUGACCAUAAAAAAUAAGAUGCCAUCUCAAAAUACGCAUCUCACAAAUUCCCUUAUAUAUUAAUGAUGAAAAUCCCAUAUAUGGACUAGUUGUCCAUAACUAGUCAUGGGAUAAACAUAAACUGUUCCAUAGGGAGAGACAUUGCUGUAAAAUCGCAAAACUUCACAUUAUAUGAAGAAAAGAACUGAAAGAUGUACAUGUGUGUUCAAAUCAAGUGACAUUUUGCUUUUCUAAAUAACGCUGUGUUAGCCAAAGAGGACAAUGAUCUCUUUGAAAGGAUUACAUUAGAGAUUAAUAUAUUUUUAUAUCAACGAAUAAAAAAAACAAGACCUUGUGCAACAUUUUUACUGAUUCUUAAGCGUGGAAAUCUUUGGACACACCGCAUGGCUUUUAUUUUCAGAGCUUUCAACUUUGGGGAAAGAGGGCCAGUCUGCGGUGUUAGGGCGGGGAUCGGAGGGUUGGGGAAUAAGAUUUACAUGCAGUGAAACCAUUUCAUUUUAAAAAAUAUAUAUAUAAAAAUAAAAAAAAAUGAAAUAAAUAAUAAAACAGAAAAAGAAUCAGCAGACAGGUAAAUGUAUGCAUUAAGACAGAAAAAAGACUACGCUUAAAACCUUUACAGUGAAAUCAAGCGUUGCUUCAAUGACGGUGCAGUGAAGCUCUAUGGCGUCGAACUGAACAAUAUAAACCAGGAGGAGCACUACACCCAGAGCAUUUCAUCUCUUAUCGGCAACAAAGAUGAAAUAAAGAAUACACUUUAAUGCUUCAGCAUGUUCAGUGCACCAAAAAAGCCGAAAAUUGACUAAAUCAAAUUUAGCUGCACUUUAUUAAUUCUAUUCGCCAGUAUGUCAUCACACAAAGCAAAUGUUGUCUAUCAUUAUGCUGUCUACAUUUGGUCGUUGUUUAAUUUAUUCUACACAUAUCUUCGAUAUCCCAUCAUCAGUUCAUAUCUUAGCACCUGAUUUUGAUCCUUUGCACAAGCACUAACCAACCAAGGGAUCUUAGCUUUUGUCACUUACAAAGGGAAAAGCCGUUCUAAGGAAUUUUGCAAGAGUUUGACAGCACACGCACACACACAACCACUCACACGAAUACACAUCACACAUAUGCAAGUGUCUCGGAGCCCUCUGCAUCGUGUCCACUGUAUCAAAACCAUGAUACACAUUAAACAACAGGUAACCCCUCUCAGCUUACAUACCACAUUGACGUCGCAAAACAGCCUUUUCAUUUACAACUGCAACUUAUCAGUGGUGAGCUCUACAGAGGAAAACAAAUAAAGAUUUGUCAACCCUUUACAUUUAGCAACAGGCAAGCAAGAGUAGAUACAGUAAUAAGCAACCAAGGCAACUCUGUAGUGCACAUGACAACCAAAAGGACGGGCGUAGUUGUGUCAUCCCUAUGGCAAAAUGUCCAAACGAGCCCUUUAGCUACAUCCAGAGACCUCUCAAUGCUCCCCAUAACCUCAGAGAGCCAAGGACAAUGGCAGGAAACAAACAUACUGCACCGCUUGAGCAACUACAAUAAUAAUCAUUUAAAAAAAUUUAAAAAGACAAAAAAACUUUCCUAUGGAACAGUAAGUGCAAUGUGCUUCGUUUUUAUAUUGACUGAGAACAAAAGAUAUAUAUAUUUUUAAAAAAAGAAAUUAAACGUCACACUGGAAUGGUUUGCCGAAUAGUGAAAGGAUCAAAUGUAACGAACAACGGAAAAAAAGUGUUAACUAACGGAUUCAUUAAAAGAAUCAAACAAGCACCGAGAGCUCUGAUCUCUAAAAAACUAAAUAUGUCCAUAAUCCCUUCCUCCGCCCCUUAAUAGUGCUCGGACCAUGCAAGCUAAAACAAACAGCCAUCUAUGGUAAAGAAAAGAGCAAAUCUAAAACACCGUGCAAGGAAUACGGUCUAAAAUAUCAUCGGUUUUAGCCCAUGUUGAUUUCCGAAUAUCAUUUUUCCUGUAAUUUAUUGGUUUACGGUACUUUACAUAUCAGAAUCAUAUUAACUUAGUGUAUUUGUGUUGUUGAUGUUGCCAUAGAGGACACACGUGGGUCGAAUAUUUUCUUUUGGUUCCUUUUACUGGGUACGGUUUACUAUAUUUGUUUCCAUUAUUUAUAAUUAGUUGCUGUUCUUACAGUGUAUGCAGGUUUUAGAAUUAGUUAGAAUUAUUUCAUUUCAAUCAAAAUGUGUUUAAUUGUGUUUGUAACAGUCUGUGGUAGCUUUUGUUGCAACAUAAAUAAUUUAAACUGAAAAAAAAUUCAAUAUAGCGCCAAUGAACUUGUAUUAUUUGGGCGACUUUAAGCUUGUAGUUUUAACUUAUUGUUAACUUAAAAACUAUUUAUUAUCAUUAUGAUUAUGAUUAUUAUUGCCUCGUAUGAAAGUAUGUUUUGUGUAUAUUUAUGGUUUAUUUCAUUAUAUUUGCAAGUUUAAUUACUUUUCAUUUUGCCAAAAUGUGGUUACACCUUUUUGUUUUUCUUUAAAGGAAACAAAUAGAUUUUAAAAAAGGUUAAAAAAAACAGAACAAAAAAAAACAAAAACACACAAAAAAAAAACAUCUGCUUUAGAAUUACAAUUUGGAAAAGUUCUCCAUAGGCAAAGAAUGCACUGCUAUAUUAAACUAAUUGAAGUGUAUAAACAUACAUGCUGUGUGCUAGAUGUUAUGCCUUUAAUGCCUGUGUUUUGUUUGUCUUGUUAAAUGAAAACCUUUUGAUUAUUUAAUCUAAUCACAGUCUUGUUUUUCCAGCCACGUUCAGAACCCCAUAGUGAGUCAGGGCUCGGGGCGAGGCCUGGGGCUGGGGGGGUGGGCAGGCGAGGCGCGGUCCAGUCUACCGUCUGGACCCGCAGUCAGGUCUGAGGCUCAGUAAACUUGCCAAACACCUCUCAUCUUGCUGCCACUAGCCAUGUAUCUGACAGAGAGAACAGUCUAGGGAGUAAAAUGGGAGUCAAUGUUGGGCUAGGUCGCAAUGAUGCAGACAUGGGCGAAGAAAUGGCAGCAGGAGGAGACGGGCAAGGCAAGGCACUGAGCUAGUAAAGGGGUCAGUGGUCACUCUGUUUCUCAACCAGUUGUUAUUUGUGUCAAUUAAUUUAGAAGGGACACGGAGUUACUUAGCAACGUUCUUCUGAAACCAUUUUCCAGAAAUAACUGAACAAUAACAGAAUAAAACAAAUAAACAAACAAAAAAAUGAUCAAAAACGGAACUCCUGAUCUCAGUGUCUGUGUCACGAAUAAAAAUCUCAUACUUCCAAACAUGAACAAACGAACAAAGACAAACACAUUACAAAGGGAAAAAAUAUUAAACCUUUCAGUUUAGUUUAGGAUAUUUAUUACUGGGAUUUCAGCUGAAGACGCUUGAGGACUUUUUCAUGGAAUUGUUUAAUUAUUUGUACUUUACAUGCCGGAAAAAAUAAAAGAUAUGAAUCUCA